GGUCUCCCGGGUGAGGAUUUGGGGGUCCUGGGAUGGAUUUGGGGUUCCAGGUGCCACUCUGGGCAGGGUGCUGGGUGUCGAGGGGGGGGUCUCAGGAUCCAUUGGGGGUGGGUUUUGGAUGUGUGUGUGUGUGGGGGUGUCACACCCCGUGUUUUUUUCCCCCCCCUCCCCAGCAUCAUUGAGUACAUCGAGGGGCUCCUGGAGAAGGACCGCAGGGACAACCGGAACAUCGGGGCGCACGGGGCGAGCCACAUCCUGGGGAGGGUCCCGGGGGGGGGGCCCGUCACCCUCCUGACCCACUGCAACACCGGGACGCUGGCGACAGCGGGCUACGGCACCGCCCUGGGUGUCGUGCGGGCGCUGCACCAGCGCGGGUCCCUGUCGCGCGUGUUCUGCACCGAAACCCGCCCCUACAACCAGGGCUCGCGGCUGUCGGCGCUGGAGCUGCGCCACGACGGCGUCCCCGUCACGAUAAUCGCCGACAGCGCCGCCGCCGCCGCCAUGAGGGAGCGGGGAGUCCAGGCCGUGGUGGUGGGCGCGGACCGCGUGGCCGCCAACGGGGACGUGGCCAACAAGAUCGGGACGUUCCAGCUGGCGGUGGCCGCGCGGCACAUGGGCAUCCCCUUCUACGUGGCCGCCCCGAGCAGCACCUGCGACCCGACGCUGGCCUCGGGCCGCCUGAUACCCAUCGAGGAGCGCCCGGGGACAGAGCUCACCCACCUCGGGGGCGUCCUCCUGGCUGACCCCGAGGUGGACGUGUGGAACCCGUCCUUUGACGUCACGCCGCAGGAGCUCAUCACGGGGGGCAUCAUCACGGAGUACGGGGUCUUCGCCCCCUCCGAGGUCUGCCGGGAGCUGGCGGAGCGAGGGGAGCCCUGACGGCUUCUGCCUCGCUGCACCCCGGCGUGCCUUGCGUCGCGGUUCGGUAUAUCGCGACAGAUUUGGUUACAAUAAAAAUCUCGGUGUAUCCCGACAGCCUUUGCGGUACUAUGGCAGCGGUAUAUCCCGGCAGUUCA